GUCAAACACCAGGAAGUGAUGCGUACACGUAAAUUCUCUGAAGCUGAAUUUCCCCUCAUCUGCCAGGAUUCAUGUCGUUUAAUAAAUCUUUUUUCGACUCGAUCUGAUACAUCUGCGGUACGUGCACUUGUUGUUUACCUGACGAGUCAACCUGACAGGUGCCGAUCAAACAUCAUCUGGAUUUGUUCAUCAUGUCAGAUAUGAAUGAGAACUCUUUAAACAUAAACUUCCUGAAGGAGUCUGCAUUGAAGAGGCUCUGCGAGUCUCUCGACAAGGCCAACAACAAGGGAUGGCGAAAACUGGGGGAGAUGGUGAAAAAUGACAAGCGAUUCAAAAUGAGUGUGGAUGAUAUGGACAUGUGCUCUCUGAAGGUUUUGGAGGUGGAUGGCAGUCCCUCACGUGCCAUGCUUAAGCUCAUGGGAGAUCAAGGCUGUGUGGUGGGGGAUCUGACAGAGUUUUUACAGAAGAUGGGUCACACAGACGCCCUGCAGUGUCUUAAACCAUCAGGAAUUCAAAUUCUUGUCCAACCACAGUCAGCGGCGGUCAUUGCUGGACACAACCUCCGUCUUAGCUGUUGUGCUGUAGGCUCUUCACCUAUUCAAUUCCAAUGGUUUAGGAAAACAGAGGAGGUACCUCAUAGCUCCUCCCCAGACCUGGUGUUCAGCCCAGUUCAGGUCAAAGACGCAGGGUUUUACAUCUGUAGGGUAAACUGUGGAAACACAUGUGUUUUCAGUCAUUGGGCCCAAGUAGACGUACUUGAUGUUCCACCAAAAUGUGGGCUUGUAUCUCAGCCAUCGGACGGCAGGCCCAGGGUUCUGAUUCAGCCCCAUCCCCAAAGACUGUUUGUUGGUGAUUCACUCUUUCUGGAGUGUGGAGCUAUUGGAAGACCCAUACCGCAAUAUCAAUGGUACAGGAAUGGAAUCCCAAUCAAAAAAGCAACCAAGAGGAAAUACAGUGUCCAGGGUUUAAUGCCAGAGCACCAGGGAAGAUAUCGCUGUGAAAUCUGCUGCAACAGCGAGCGCACAUGGAGCAAUGAAGUCGAUGUUGUCGUUGAAAGUCCUUGCCAUUCAGAAAUGAAAACCCCAGGGAUAUCAAUUCAUAUCUCAGAAGCAAUGGAAUGCUCUGAAGAACUGGUUUGGCAAAAUAAAAGAAGGUUCAAGAUUCUUUUCGAUGAUUUUUUGACCAGUGAGCAGUAUUACAGUCUUGAAAAACCUUACGCUACAGACAAAGUGGCCCUUCUGAUCGGUAACCUCACAUAUCGAAAUCACCCCCAACUAAAAGCUCCUAUGGUUGAUGUGUACGACCUCACCAAUCUUCUGCGGCAGCUGAACUUUAAAGUGGUGUCAUUGCUGGAUCUGACAGAGUCGGAGAUGCGGAAUGCCGUGGAGGAAUUCCUCUCCCUGCUUCAUAAAGGAGUCUAUGGUCUGUUGUAUUAUGCUGGACACGGAUAUGAGAACUUCGGGCACAGUUUCAUGGUACCCGUGGACGCCCCGAAUCCAUACCGAUCAGCCAACUGCCUUUGUGUCCAGAGCAUUCUGAAACUGAUGCAGGAAAAAGAAACCGGACUUAAUGUCUUUCUCCUGGAUAUGUGCAGAAAAAGAAACUUGCAUGAUGAUGUCAUGCCGAAUGUCAUGCUUAAAGUCACAGCCAAUAUUGUGUUUGGAUAUGCAACGUGCCAAGAUGCAGAGGCUUUUGAAUUGAGUUCAAGUGGAUUCACCAAUGGAGUCUUUAUUAAAUUCCUAAAGGGACGCCUCCUAGAGGAUGAAAAGAUCACUGUUCUGCUAGACAGUGUUGCUGAAGAUAUGGGUCAGUUUGACCCGACGAAGGGUAAGCAGGCACUGGAGAUCCGCAGCAGUUUGUCAGAGAGGCGAUCCCUCACCGAUCCUAUCCGUCCUGGAGAGUAUUCACACCCGGCCCAGGCACACAACCUGCACUGGUGCAAAGCACACGAACUUCCAGAGAGUAAAAUUUUGGAUUUUGAAUGUGGCGUUCAGAUUAAAAUGGACUUUGCCGCAGAGUUCUCCAAUGUGCUGGUCAUCUACACCAGCAUUGUGAAAAAGCCAGAAGAAAUGGCAUCAUGUCAAGCACACAUAACUAACCUUCCUCUGGAGCUGGAUGUAGAUCCGAAGCUGAUGAAUAAGGAGACUCUUGAGGAGACUGGAAGUUUCUUACUGACGGGCAGUCUUCCCCAGCAUUGCCUUUAUACCCGGCUAAGCUCAAUACAGAAGCUCAGGGACGAACUUGCUUUUACUGUUUGUCUACAAGUCCAGUUUAACUCCCUGGAAGAUCUGGUCCAGUGGAACAUGGACGUUAACAUCGGCAAGCCCCUCACUGCCAAACUGGAACUCAACCGGCCGACCCGGAAGAACAGCUGCCAGCUGACGUGUCCGAUGCCCCACAGUCCGUCCACCAGUCCCAGCCACAGCCCGUCAUCCGAUCGACGCUUCCACAGCCACGGCCCCUGCUUUCCUCAGCUGCACGCCAACCCCUACCUCAACGUCUGUGAGCCUCUCUGCGGUGCUAUAGGAGGUCACGGCGGAUUUAAAAUGUGUGGUGGUGAUUAUACAUAUCCAUGUGAUAAUGUGCCAGGCUCACCUUCGACCCCACUGAGUAUUCCUAUCGAGACCACUGAUGAUGUUGAUGACAUGCAGAAUGAGUUUAUGAAUAGUUUGCAGUUCUACAACAAUCCCUAAAUCAUAUAAUUUAAACAGAUUAAAUGUUUCCCUUGUAAUGCUUUGGAUGAAGGCAUAAUGUAAAUGUUAAAGGCCUUGACAUCUUUGCACGAACCAAGUUUUUCAAGCUACUUUUGUUUUUGCACACAGGGACAAAACAGAGCUUAGAGGAGAGCAGAAUCAGUAUGAUACAGUGUUUUUAUUUGUGUAUGUUACAAUACUUUCUCUUGUCCUAGUGUAUACAGUUACAGAAGUUUAUUAAAGGGCACCUAUUAUACAAAAUUCACUUUUACAAGGUGUUUGGACAAAAAUGUGUGUUGGCAGUGUGUGAAGACAACCACCCUACUUAUUUUUCAAUCCCCAUUAAACCAAAGCAGUGUCAUUAGAUAUGCCGUUUUGAUUAUCUUGUAAAUGUGACGUCACACUGAUAAAGCCCCGCCCACUGCCACUGAAUGACAGUCCAUAGUUUCUGCCUUUUUUCACAGGAAUCAGAUCUAUUUUAAAGGAAUAUUCAAUUUUCUUAAAAGAAAAGUCCAGAUAAUUUACUCACCACCAUGUCAUCCAAAAUGUUGAUGUCUUUGGGGUAUAUUGUCAUUUUUGACGAUAAAAAUAACAAAUAUACACUUUUAAACCACAACUUCUCGUUUAAAUCCGGUCCAGCGCGACCUAACGUAAAUGCGUAGUGACAUAGGGAGGUCACGUGUUACAUAUAUAAAACGCACAUUUGCGGACCAUUGUAAACAAUAAACUGACACAAAGACAUUAAUUAGUAUCAGUUGACAUACAACAAUGUAGGAAAGGUCCUCGUUCUCAACACUUGUAAACACUGGGGCGGAGUUUCGCGUUAGUCCUCUGUGACCUCUUGAUGUCAUGACGUAUUGCGUGCGGUCACGCUGACGCAUCACGACCGGAUCUGGACGAGAAGUUGUGCUUUAAAAGUGUAUAUUUGUUAUUUUUAUUGUCAAAAAUGACAAUCGUUUCGCUAGAUAAAACCCUUAUGCCUCGUUUGGGAUAGUUUAUAGUCCUUUGAAACUCAGUUGAAAAAAACUGUUACGUGUUGAUUUAAGCGUUAAUUGUUGGUGUCUAUUAAUGUCCAGUAAAAUGAGAAAAAUCCUGCAAUGUUUUCCUCAAAAAACAUAAUUUCUUCUCGACUGAAAAAAGAAAAACAUCAACAUUUUGGAUGACAUGGUGGUGAGUAAAUUAUCUGGAUUUUUCUUUUAAGAAAAUGGAAUAUUCCUUUAAGAACUUUUUUAAGUUCUCACUGUCUCUUUUGGUAAGGGAGUGAGGAGCAGUAGCUCAUUUGCAUUUAAAGGUACACACACAAAACCCAAAUAGGGGCUUUUUGGAUAUGCUAUAAUAAAUUAUCUAUAGGGGAAUUUUGAGCUAAAAACUUCACAGACACAUUGUGGACACACCUGAUACUUAUGCAUCUUGUAAAAAUGUGCAUAAUAGGUGCCCUUUAAGUAGAUUUUUUAAGUACAGAACAGAAGAAAACUUUUUUUGUUGAAAUCCUCUCUUAAACUUGUAAUAAAACACAGUCAAGUCAUCAAAUCUCACUACCAAUACUUCAUAACACACGUAUUACUACACCUUUUUUGCAUAAAGCAAGUACUGUAACAUUCAGAGUAUUUUAGUUGUUAAAUGAUCAUUUAGGUUUAAUAUAUUGCAUAUUAUCUACUGUAAAACAUGUUCAUUUCGAUUUUAAAACAGUUUAUAAAUAUAAAUAAA